UCAGAGCUAACCCACCCCACCCCUGCCCACCGAGAUUAUGAGUGGCUUUUAAGGAGGCUGGUUUGUAAAUUCAGCAUGCCAUUUUCCUCAUGAGGACAAGAAAACCAGAGGACUCUCGAAAGGCUAACCCAUUGUCUUCAUUUCCUUGGGGAUUGAAUCGCGUCAUGCCUCAAGUCCCAGGAGUGCAAAGAUGUCCCUGCACCUAGCUUCCCCACGCCUGGCCUUCUUGCUGCUCUUCAUCCUGACCCUCCAUGGCGCCCUGGCCCUGAGGCUCUGCUCCUUCAAUGUGAGGUCCUUUGGAGAGAGCAAGAAGAAAAACCAUGAAGCCAUGGAUAUCAUUGUGAAGAUCAUCAAACGCUGUGACCUUAUUCUAUUGAUGGAAAUCAAGGACAGCAACAACAACAUCUGUCCCAUGCUGAUGGAGAAGCUGAAUGGAAAUUCACGAAGAAGCACAACAUACAACUAUGUGAUUAGUUCUCGACUUGGAAGAAACACGUACAAAGAGCAGUAUGCCUUCCUCUACAAGGAGAAGCUGGUGUCUGUGAAGGAAAAAUACCUCUACCACGACUAUCAGGACGGAGACGCGGACGUGUUUUCCAGGGAGCCGUUUGUGGUUUGGUUCCAUUCGCCCUUCACCGCUGUCAAGGACUUCGUGAUUGUCCCCUUGCACACAACUCCCGAGACCUCCGUUAAAGAGAUAGAUGAGCUGGCCGAUGUCUACACGGAUGUGAAAAGCCAAUGGAAGGCAGAGAAUUUCAUCUUCAUGGGUGAUUUCAACGCUGGCUGCAGCUAUGUCCCCAAGAAGGCCUGGAAGAACAUCCGUUUGAGGACAGACCCCAAGUUUGUUUGGCUGAUUGGGGACCAAGAGGACACGACGGUCAGGAAGAGCACCAGCUGUGCCUAUGACAGGAUUGUGCUUCGUGGACAAGAGAUAGUCAACUCCGUGGUUCCCCGUUCCAGUGGCAUCUUUGACUUUCAGAAAGCUUAUGAGUUGUCUGAGGAGGAGGCCCUGGAUGUCAGUGACCACUUUCCAGUUGAGUUUAAGCUACAGUCUUCAAGGGCCUCCACCAACAACAGAAAAUCUGUUUCUCUGAAGAAGAGAAAAAAAGGCAGUCGCUCCUAGGUAUCACGCCGCCAUUGUUUGUUUGUGUUUUUGUGUUUUUUUUUUUUUUUUGGUUUUUUUGUUUUUAAGCCAUUCCUUGCUUCCAAAUAAAAUGGCGCUCAUAGGUCUAAGCUAUCUGUAUGCUCAGGAAUUAAGACUGGCCAAGCUUCUUUCAUUGUCCACUUGAGUUAAUUUUGCCUGGACCAAGUCUUCUGUUAUAUCACCUUGACCCCCCGUGCCAUCGCUGGUACCCUGGGAAACACUGCCAGUACUCAGGCAACAGGCCAGACUUGGCAUGGCAUGAUACUUUAUGAUGGAGCCAAAGAAACUCAGUUGCCUGGGGUCAUGCGGGGAAGAAGAGUGAAGGACACUCUACUGUACUGUCCUGCCUGUCCCUACCCACAGCCCACCCCUACCCACACCUCACUCCUACCCACACCUCACCCCUUCCCCUCAGGCCACCUGUGCUCACAGCACUGUGGAUAAGCUAUCACCAUGUCCUGAGCUCAGUCUUCAAAUAUCAUGAAGGUUUCCAUUAUCUGACAGCCAGCCUCACUUUGGACGCAUGCUCCAACAGUGUCUUCCCUCCCUUUCUCCCUUUCCUCUUCCUCCUUGUGCCCCUCCCUGCAACAGUGACCACACAGUGCUUGUCACCGCGGCCAGCACUGCAGUUCACGCCAGCACAAGCCCCACUGGCCGGCUUGGACCUGAGGGUUCGCUCCCUUCCUGCCACUUCUGGGAUCUGCAAUGUGGUGCCAUCUUGCUUGUAUGCGGGGACCCGUUUUUGUGCAUUUCGCUUUGUUUUCCUGGAUAUUCUUUACUCUUGCACAUGAGCACCUGUACUUAGGAACAGAGAAGAACAACGACCCGUCUGGCCCUACUCCCAGUCUCGGAAGCAACCCCUCCACACAGCUGUGAGCUCCCUGAAGGCAUCUACACAUAAACCAGCGCCAUGUGUAACCUGAGGCAAUACAGAGUA